UUCUUCAGCUGGUUGCGGGGUUUGUGUAAAGUAGGCAUGGCGGCAAGUACAGCACCAGUGGUCCCAGACCAGACGCCUAAAUCAUCGCCGCCAGCAGCUUUGCCGUUUGACUUAUCUCAGCCUCCUGUUAUCGAAGGCUUCAACCCUCUGCCGAAAGCCAAAGAUGAGACGUUCAAAGAGAAGUUCAUGAGGAAAACAAAGGAGAACCCGUUUGUCCCAAUAGGUUGUUUGGGAACAGCAGGAGCGCUGAUGUAUGGUCUCCGUGCCUUCCAUCAAGGGAAAACCAGACAGUCACAGCUGCUGAUGAGGGGGCGUAUCUUUGCUCAAGGCUUCACUGUAGUUGCCAUUAUUGUUGGCGUCUUCACCACAGCUGUGAGACCCAAGCAGUGAAAAGGGACCAACCCCACACCUCAACCGCCGCCCAUUCAACUUGGAAUCAGACCAGAUCCAACUUGGACUUGGACUGAUUGUUAUCUGAAUGAAAUGAAUAAUGUGUUAUGUUUCUAGCAUUGUUCAGAUACCUUUGUUAAUGCCAACGCUAUUUAUUGUUUGAAUAUGUGAACUGCUCAUGGUUGUUAAAUAUUUAGCUUCAGAGUAGCACUAUGGAACAACUAAGUAUAAUCAGCUCCUUACCAGCCUGGGUAAGCAAGCUGGAUUUCACUUUUAAUGUGCUAAAAUGGCACUGAAGUAAAAUGCUGAUAAAUAUAAAGUGUAUGCUCUUCAGGAAGGUCAGAUUUCGAAUGUUCCCAUGUGUCGUCACUGAAAUGAUAAAUGCAUCACCUGACUGGUUAUAAACUUUAAUUUGAA